GCGAGGGCAGUCGGCUCCGUGCCCAGGAAUGGCCCGUCACAUUUGCUCUAUUCUCAUCUCCUUGAUUUGUUUUUCCGCUGCGGUCUCUUGUCUGCAGAUCGAUGAAGGCUGCGUCGUCAGGCGGAGGUGGCAGACACCGUGGCUAUGGUCAGAGGCCCGGGUGAGCGCGUGGGCCCCGAAGGAGGAGGCGGCGUCCAUCUUCGAACUCACGAUGACCUACGGAGAUUUUUUCCUGGUGAAGUACAAAACCGUGCUUGGCACCCGGAAUGUCCAGACGACCCGGUACGAGGGCAGCGGAAUACAAGAAGUCGUAAAUGACACAGCUCUUUCGAUCGGCGGAGAGAGAUGGGCAGAUUUUACAUACACAGUCGAUGCCGUCAAUGCACUCACGCAUGUCUCGGGGAACAUCGGUCGGACGCUGGUGAACUUCACGACGCCCGACCCGAGGUUUCCGGCGUCUCUGGAAGUGGUCGGCACUAAUCUUACACUGAACUGUUACUCAGGAGUUCGAGUGUGGAACGUGACGAGAGAGCCGGAGGUAAUUCCUUUGGAUGGAUCUGAGAAAUAUCUCUUCAGCGUCUUCUCGAAUCGCGAAGUCUUGCCUUCCUUUACGCUGGGAAAACAUAAAUUCAAUCUGAAACGAAACCAAACAGGAAUUACAGCGGUAUCAGGCGCUGGCAACCCUCUCCCUGCCUUCUUGGAGCACCAUUUCACCAUCGCCUUCGCCGCAGGGGCUCGCAGUAUGGUUUCCUGCGACAUAAGGCUGGGGGGAAAUCAAACGAGUGAUCGCGUUCUUUACAUGAACGAGUUACCGACACAUUUGUCGGUUGAGGGACGGAAGGAGGAUGAAUUCUACGUAGUUCUUCGCCCGACCAAAACCGACGAAAGCGUGCCUUCGACGUCAGACGACGCCACAACCACAAUCCUCGGCGUGAUGUUGGCGAUUGUAGUAAUUUCAGGUGUAAUAUAUUUUCUCCAUAAAAAAUGGAGCUCCGUGUGGAAGGCCGAGUCGCCGGAGCAGGGCGAGCCGCAGCCUGAGGAAAUGGAGCCCCUCGUACCCUGCGCGGAAAAGGGUCUCGGCGCAUCGCUCCUUCAACCAGAGGGGAACGCCCUUCUUCAAGCAGUGAUAGAAGGAGACAUCGAGAAGGUAAGGCAGGCGGCGGCAGAUGAAGAGCCCGAUGCCUCUCUGCUUGUGGAAGCUCACCUUCAGGCAAGAAUGAAGAUCGUAGAGUUCUUCCAGUCUCGGGUGGAAGCUUUACGUUCACGCGACGUCGUUCCAGACGUACUGCAGGAGCUGGACAGACGGUUGGAGGAUAUUUUCUCGGCAGCAGAAGGAGGCCUCUACAGAAGCGGGGUGGAUGUUCGCCUUCGCUAUUACGGCCUGCCUGGGUCGGUGUCGGAUGCGGAGGGCCGCUCCCUCUUGCACUAUGUUGCUUCUUGCAAGGGCCCGGACGACGCUCCUCUCUGGAGUGCGGAAAAUGUUCGCAGUUUGAUAAAGGAUCAUAAUUGCCUUCCUAAUGCUGUCGACUUCCAAGGCAGAACAUGCCUGCACUUGCUUGCCCACUCUGCCAGCAACGCCUGCGCGAAGAAGGUACAGUGGAACGAGCGGAACCAGACCGCCAAGGAGGCGUGGCUCAGUCUGGCGCGGAUCCUCGUGGAAGCCGGAGGUAACCCCUCGCUGCCGGAUCUCGCCGGGAAAUUCCCGCAUGAGGUGGCCUGGGACAAGGGGAAGCUCGAUCUCCACGAGAUCUUUUCUAAAGAGAACCAGCGCAUGGCUGCGCAGGAGAAGGAUCCCCAGCUAUUCAAGAAGAUCCUGAAGGCUAUCAAGAGUACAGCUACAGCGAGCGCCAAGGCCCUUCUGUUGCCCCGGCCGCCCCCUGAGCCCCUGGAUACCACGGAUGACCUGUUGACGGAGGCUCUGAAACUAGGUCUUUUGGAGGUCACGACGAUGCUGCUGAGCUCGGGAGUGCCGCUGUGCAGCCAUCCGCUGGUGGCCAUCACGCCGCUGGAAACUGCUCACAGCAUCGCGGGAAUUCCAGCAGUUCUCCCGGCACUUCUCAGACGAGAAUGUGCAAACAAGCUUCGCUUUGAAGCCAAAAAGAUUUUGGGUUCUGAUCAAGACUCGACUCGUCUUCGAAGACACAUUGAGAGAUUCGCUAGUGAUGUUGCGUCCAAAGGGCAUUACGCUUCCUGGCACUUCACGGAAGGAGAAGAAAUGAGAAGGUAUUUGUGCAUCGCGGCCGGCCUCGGGUUGUCCCUCACGUGCCAAGUGUUAGGCCAAGACGACGUGUUCCUGCAGCCUCUCCUUGACGAAGACAAACCUGUCAAAAAGGCUGUGGAGAAUAAGCAUCCGCAUAUGCUGAUUGUGCUCUACCGUGACUUGAAUAUGUCUCUGUUUUCUACCACUGAUGAGACAUCAAAGCCGAAGGAAGUCAUAAACAAUGUGAUUCAGUGUGAAUUGAAAAAGCUGAACAGGUUUCUGGAAAAAUCAGGUGUUGAUGAACGUAUGGACACGGAGUUCCAAAUGACAAAAGAGAAGAAUGGUAAUGGCGAAGGCAUAUAUCUGCAAGGGAUCGCAAAAUUAGGACUUGUGUCAAUUUACCACGCAAUUGUCAAACGAGGGAGAGCCCCUGAUGUAGAUCAUGCAGUGGAACAACUCGCAGGAUAUAACAUGCUUCACCUGGCAGCGCUGUACGGUCAGCUAAAUAUGGUCGAAUACCUCUUGCUGAACAAAGCAAACGUGAUGGCAGAGGGGAAGAACGGGUUUACAGCAGCUCACCUGGCGGCGCUCAGAGGUAACCGAGAGUGCAUGCGGUACCUGCAUGCACACAUGAAGACUCAGGGCCAUUCUGAAGAUGCUCGAACCCAUGCUGGCUUGACGGCCAUGCAGCUGGCCGACGGAUAUAAGGCCUUCGUCAGCGCCUACAGUAAGAUUCUCCUUCCAGAGAAAGAGCGACUGGCCGUGCUGAGCGGCCCGUACGUCACCAAGAAAACCAAGAUUCUGCUACAGAGAAAGGGCUUGCACUUGGGAAUCACAAGUGAGCAGAGUUUCCGUAACACAGUUAAAAGUAUGAUGUUUAGAGAACACUCGCGUGAUGUAGUAGAUGAAAUGGAAAAUUUACUAAAAGUUGUAUGUCAAGAAGACCCAAGGUUCUGCGGGGAAAUGGUCAUUCCAAAUCCCGAUGGGACACUCCCUUCUAUAGUGCCAGAAGAUUCUUUCAAAGUGUACUGGCAGGUUAACACUGAAGCAUGCGCCAGGGUAAGCCCAGAGCACAGCGAUGAGGAGCAGUGUUCACUUACGCUUUCCCUUGGCGGGGAAUUUCGAGACUGUUGUUUUAGGGAUGAAUUCCACAAAGCUAUCGGAAAAUCACUGAGUUCGUACACUUUUACCUCGAAAUACAUGUGGCUCACGUACCCUUGCGUCACCAAAGCAAAUAUUGGAACUUCAGUAUACCUCGUGUGGUACGACAGUGGAAACGUCAGAUUAGUACGAGUCCUGCUCAUCCCCGUGCUUAAGGCGGCGUAUCCGAAGGAGAACCGAAACGAAGAUGUAUCUAAGCUGCUGGAUAGAUACUUAAAGAGUGAUUUCUCUGUUCACAUUGCUAAUGAGGGAGGAGACAAAUGGAGUUACGUCCUGGCCCAGAUGGAACAUGAGAUAUUAGCUCAGAUAACUGAAGAACAAAGAUCCAUUUUUGUUGGUUGUAAACUCCUGACAAAUCUGUUGUAUUCUUGCUGGUGGUUCCCCAAGCAACACAGCCGAAGACACGGCCGUGCAUGGGGGAACUAUGUUGCGGGAAUCAUGGCGCUCCCCCAAUCCCUCCUCUCCUCGCUGUUCUUCGACGAACUCUCACGCACGACGCCGGAGGACUGGAGUCACUCGAAGUUCCUCGAGCGGAUCAUAUCCAUUUACAAAAGGGCGAUACGUGAGAAGGAUGGAUGGUCGAAGGUCGAAGAAAUGCCUUUGUUCCUUGAUUCGAGGCACUCGAGGGACAAGGCAUCGCCAGUCAUCCUCUCUGUCAUCGAGUACCUGCAAGAACUCAGAGACUGCGACCGAAACGGCAAUGAGACUGUCCAUCGACCCGAUUAGGGCAAAUUACUGCAUCUCAUUUCUCUACUCAGCAUGUUAGAUUCGAAUAGUGUCACACAAUGAGUAUUAGUUUCAGCCAAAAAUGUAAAUACGUCAGUCAACCUUCAGCAUUAGGUGUCACUUUGAACGCAGUUUUUCCAAAAUUCACCCUUCAUUGUAAUGUUUUCUAUAUUGGAAAUGUGUGUUGCCUUUUGAUUUGUCUUAUUAGUAAAUCAUCUUUAUAA